AUGGGGCGCGAGGGGCGGAACGCGCCCCUAGGAGACGGCGCCUCUCCACCUCGCGCCGCGCCGCCCCUCUGCGGCCUGGCCCGGGCCGGGGCCCCAGAGACCUGCGGCGCCAGGGGGCGGGGGGCGCGGGCGGGAGGUGGCGCGAAGGCCGAGGAAGUGACGACUGGGCAGGGCGCCAUCUUCAUGGAAGAGGCGGAGGGGUGGAGAAGCCGCGGCUCGGGGAGGAAGCUGGAGGUGGGAGCGGCGGCGCAGCAGGGCCCGGGGCCCCUAAACCUGGAUGGGCCAGCGGUGGACCCGCUGGAGGCCAUCCAGUGGGAGCUGGAGGCUGGGAGUGCCCAGGCAGACAGGGCCUACCUGCGGCUGCAGCGCAGGUUUGGGCGCAUCCGCCGUCUGCACCUGGCCCCUAGGAGUUUCGUCGUCCAGAAUAUUCCUGGCUUCUGGGUCACCGCCUUUCUGAACCACCCGCAGCUGUUAGCCAUGAUCAUAACUCGUGAUGAAGACAUGCUCUGCCACCUGAUACAUUUGGAGGUGAGGGAGCUCAGGAACGCCAGGGCCCAAUGCAAGUUCAAGUUCCGCUUUUGGAACAACCCCUACUUCCGGAACAAGGUGCUCAUGAAGGAGUAUGAGUGCAGAUCCUUAGGACCGGUGGUGUCAGUUGGAACUCGAAUCUGAGGGCACCCGGGCCAGGAACGCUCCGUUCUGGUACACCGGGACACCGUCUGCAGCUUCUUCACCUGGUUCUUGCAGCACAGUCUCCCAGAGGCUGACAAGGUUGCCCAGAUUAUUAAGGAGGACCUGUGGCCCAAACCCCUGCAGUACCACCUGCUGGAGGAUAGGCCCCACAGAGCCAGGAGAGGCCUGGCAAGGUGGCCCACAGAGGCCCCUCCUAGGCUCUCAAGUUCCAGUUUGGCUAAGUCUCUCGCUAGGACCUGGCCCCUACAUAAGACUCCCUUCUACCUGUGCUUAGGCCAAUGA